CUGAGCACCAGUUGCUGAUCGGACUGUAUUCACUGUUCUGUCUGCCCUUUCUGUUCUUAUUGAUGAUGCCACAGCGAUACAAAGCCACUUCCUCACGUAAGAAACAGAAGUUUGCAGCAAAUUAGUGAGACAAUCAGCUCAUCUCCGCUCUCUGUGCCAUGGUAUUGUACUCUUAAAAAUUAAAAUCUCCCACAAUGCUUCUGUGCUUCUUGAUCGGUGUGGCCAUUCUGUACAUCUGGUGGAGAGUGAGGGAUGGACUGAAAAUCAAUAACAUCACAGAGAAAUAUAUAUUGAUUACUGGAUGUGACACAGGAUUUGGGAACCAUGCAGCUAAAACAUUCGAUAAACAGGGCUUCCGCAUCCUUGCAACGUGCCUGACGGAGGCUGGGGCCACAGGGCUGAGAGAGGCAACUUCACAACGGCUGAAAACAACACUGCUGGAUGUGACUAUUGCCGAGAAUGUGGUAUCAAUGGCUGAAUGGGUGAAAGGUGAAGUUGGGAGUAGAGGACUUUGGGGUUUGAUUAAUAAUGCUGGAGUAAUGGGAACCCUGGCACCCUUUGACUGGCUGACCAUUGAAGACAUCAAAAAGCCAAUGGAGAUCAAUCUGAUUGGGUUGAUACAUGUUACACUUGUCCUGCUGCCAUUUAUUAAGAAGGCAAAGGGAAGAAUAAUAAAUGUAUCCAGCAUUGGUGGAAGAGUUGCAGCUAGCGGGGGGGCAUAUUUUUCAUCUAAAUUUGGUGUCGAAGGAUUUAACGACAGUUUACGACGAGAUAUGAAAGCAUUCGGAGUGCAAGUGUCAUGCAUUGAACCUGGACUGUUUAAAACACCCCUUUCAGAUCCAAAAAAAGUCUUACAACAGCGCACAGAUAUCUGGAAACGACUGCCCACAGAAAUCCAGAAAGAGUAUGGAGAUAAUUAUAUACAAAUAGAUGCCAGCAAGAAACAGAAGCUGAACCAGCGCAUCCUAAACACUGAUCUCUCCUUGGUGGUACAGUGCAUGGAACAUGCUCUAACGAGCCGCCAUCCUAGGACUCGUUACAGUGCGGGGUCCGACGCCGCCUUCCUUUGGAUCCCACUGUCCUACAUGCCAACGUUUAUUCAGGACUUUGUCAUCUUAAGGAACAAAGUAAAAAUCCCCACUUCAGGCAACACAGUGCAUUGAAUUUCUGCCAAUAUUUGAGGAAACCGCAUAAGAAAAAAAUCCACAUUUUUUAAUUUGAAAAGUCUUUUUUCAAUUUCUGUGACUGAUAGAAGUUAAUGGGAGUUGUAUGCCAGCAAUGGAGGAGAUAAAUCUCAAUUGUUAAAACACUUGGCCGAAUUUAAUUGCAAUUUUUUUUCUCAACUGAAUUUGGAAAAAAGUUGGAUUUGAAAAUAAUUCCUUUGUUUAUUCAUGCAAGAGUGAAAGUGCUGCUGAAAAUCCCUAUUCUUUUAUUCAGGUGUUAAUAUUUUACCUCUUCUUUUUCCUCUCAAUUUUAUCUUGGGAGUCCUUUGAAAAGUUUGUAUAACUCACUUGUGGACUUUUUUUAAAGCUUUAUCGAAAUACCCUGCAGUGAUAGGUGAAAAAUGCUCCAGCAUUUGCACUGUUUACAUGCCAUUAUUUGUUUUAAAGAGAUUCUGUCAUGGUGUAGUUUUUAUUACUAAAUUACACUGUUAACAUUGUUAAUUUUGUUCAUUUGUGGAUUGUUCCUGAACCUGUAUCCUGUGUUGUUCCUGACCUUGUUAUGUGACUUGCUGUUCUUGGUAAUCUGUGUUCCUGUACCUUGAGUUUCUGGUAAAGUUCUGCACUCAG